AUGCCACACCGGCCGUCGCGUGGUGCCAUCAGCCGGGUCGCCUUACUUGCUGCAUACAGCAGGGCGGGUUAUCAAGGACGGCUGCCCCCCGAACACCUCCCCAUUGAGAGGGCUGUUCAACCGACUGCUGCUUUGGACUCCACUGUGACGCCUCAUGAAGUUGCCGUCGCACUUCUGUUCGUCCCUGGGGCUGCGAGCAUGCUGAUCUGGAAUCUAGCAUCUUCCACUGCGUAG